AUGGCCACAAACACACGACUUACAUUAUAUUUGGCCUUUGUCAUUUUCACUAUCACUUUGGGGGCCUUUCAAUAUGGGUACCACAACGGCGAACUCAACACACCACAAGCCGUGAUUUCAAAGUGUCAAACCAAGCAAGGUGUCCUCAUUGAGCCAUCUGAUGGCAUUGGUGGUUUGCCAGGUUGCAUUCGCAUGCCCGAUUCGCAGUAUUCGCUUGUGGUUGCCAUGUUGACAUUGGGUGGUCUCGUUGGUGCUUUAUCGGCUUCCUAUCUCAGCGACCGUUUUGGACGAAGACUAGCAUUGUUUGGGACAGCGAUACUCAUGGGACUUGGAUCACUUGUUAUGACUUUUGCAACGAAUAUGGUGACAUUGGCUGGAGGGCGAUUUGUCGCAGGUCUCGGUAGUGGCAUAGUGACAGUGGUGGUGCCAGCAUACAUUGCAGAAUGUGUACCUCGAUCAAGUCGUGGAUUCUUUGGUACACUCAAUCAGUUGGCUAUUGUGAUUGGCAUCCUCGUCGCCCAAUUAAUUGGUUUGGCAUGGUCAACAUUGGCAGCAUGGCGUUCUAUCCUUGCAGUGGGGAUCGUAUUAUCACUCUCACAAUUAUUACUUUUGCCUUUUUGUGUCGACUCGCCACGCCAUCUUGCAUCCAUUCCAGGUGGAUACAACCGUGCAAAGGCCUCUCUUUUCAAAUUACGUGGACCACCUAUGGAUCUUGUCGAAGCUGAAAUUAACGAAUGGCGCGCUGAACAAACCGGUGACAAUGAACACGUCGUAGCAACAGCAGAACCAGAACGACACAAGGUGAAUCUUGUACGCUUUUUGAUAUCGCCCGAGUAUCGACGCCCACUCGUCAUCAUUUUGCUAUUGCAAUUGACUCAGCAAUUUUCAGGCAUCAAUGCCGUCAUCUUUUAUUCAACAUCUAUCAUGUCAGCCGUCUUUCCAGAGUCAUCAGAUCUCAUCACCGUGUACAUCUCAAUCGUCAACGUAUUCAUGACCAUUGUAUCAGCAUACCUUAUGGAUCGAUCAGGAAGACGAACGCUAUUUUUGAUAUCAGCAGCAACCAUGGCAACCAUGAGCAUCUUGCUAGGCUGGAGUAUGGGUGCUGUGGAUAAGGAUAAAGUAUCGGCAGUAGCAAUCAUUGGCUUUGUCGCUGCAUUUGCUAUUGGUCUUGGCCCUAUUCCAUUCUUGAUGAUACCCGAACUCGUGGAUACACAAGCAGCGGCAAGUGCAGGUUCAGUGGGUCUUGCUUCCAACAUGAUGUCCAAUUUUAUCGUCUCAGCUGGAUUCCUUGGUUUACGUGACAUUAUUGGUCAACAUCGUGUCUUCUACAUGUUCGGCGCCAUCCUCGUAGCUAUGUGUCUCAUUGCUUGGAAGAUUUUACCAGAAACAAAAGGUCGUAGUGCUGAUGAAGUUAUCCGAUCCAAUUGGUCCAUCCAUCCCAAACCAUACCAGCAGCUUCCUCGAACAUCAGAUUCCAUAGAAGACGCUUAA